AUGUACUUCGACGGGUCUCUGAUGAAGACAGGGGCUGGGGCAGGCCUGCUAUUCAUCUCACCUCUCAGUAUCCACAUGAGGUACGUCAUCCGAAUACAAUUCGUCGCAUCCAACAACGUUGCAGAAUACGAGGCCCAUGACAACGGACUAAGGAUCGCCAUCGAGCUAGGAGUCCGACGCCUCGACGUUCGGGGCGAUUCUCAGCUGGUCAUCGACCAAGUCAUGAAAGCCUUGAGCUGCCACGACCCAAAGAUGGAGGCCUACUGCAAGGAAGUACGCAAGCUUGAAGACAAUUUCCACGACCUCGAGCUCAUUCACGUCGCACGAUGA